AUGCAGCAUUGUUCGAAUAUUGUUGCCCCUAUUGUUAAGGGUGACAAAUUUGGUGAAUUCCAAUGUCCCAAAAAUGAUAUUGAACAGGAACAAAUGAAGGAAAUUCCUUAUGCUUCUGUAGUUGAGAGUAUUAUGUAUGCUCAAGUUUGUACACGUCCUGAUCUAGCAUAUGUGGUAGGUAUGCUUGGUCGAUACCAAAAUAAUCCAGGUAUUGAUCAUUGGAAAGCAGUCAAGAAAGUACUACGUUAUCUGCAAGGAACUAAAGACUACAUGCUUACAUAUAAAAGGACAGAUAACCUUGAGGUUAUUGGUUAUUCAGAUUCUGACUAUGCUGAACGCAUGGAUACUCGAAAGUCUACUUUUGGAUAUGUUUUUAUGCUAGCAGAGGGGCCUACUUCAUGGAAGAGUCAAAAGCAAUCACUAGUUGCCUCUUCCACUAUGGAGGCCGAAUUCGUAGCAUGUUAUGAAGCCACGUGUCAUGCAAUAUGGUUAAGAAAUUUUAUCACAGGAUUAAGUGUUGUUGAUUCGAUUACAAAACCCUUGAAAAUUUACUGUGAUAAUGAUGCUGCUAUUCGAUUCUCUAAGAAUAACAAAACUACUGGAGGAUCGAGGAAUAUUGAUAUCAAGUAUCUUGCUGCGAAAGAAAGGGUUUUGUAUCAAAUUGUCUCAAUUGAAUAUAUCAGUACUACACUCAUGUUAGCAGACCCAUUGACAAAAGGUCUCUCACUUAAGCUCUUUAAGGAUCAUGUUGCGCGCAUGGGCUUGGUGGAAAGUCUUUUAUGUUUGGGUUAA